CUGUAAUUCUAAUGGCGAUAAAAAAAAAUAAUGACGGAUAGAAAUUCAUUUGCAUAAUGAAGGAAUUAUAAAUGUUGCUCAUUUACGUUUUUACUACAUCGCUUCGGAAUAUAUAAAUACAAAGAAUCCAAGCUGUAUCAACUUUUUAUUGAAACAACGGGGGAAAACAUGGCUGACCGCAUGUUUAGCAAAUCAUCCAGGCAAUUAUCCUUACCAAGCUUUGUCUCGUCGCCGUCGAUUCGACCGCUACACAAAGUCCGGUUGAUUGUACUAGGAUCGUUGGGUGUGGGGAAAACCCAGUUGGUGUCUCGACUUCUUGGGAGGGCCUUCAAGUCGAAUCAUAACCCAACUGUAAACGAUUUUCACGUAGUAACUCAUGACAUUGAAAAUAAAAUCUACAAAUUAGACGUCUUAGACACAUCCGGGAUAAUUCCUUAUCCACCGGCGAUGGAGACUUGCACUCUAAUGACAGGUGAUCUCUUUUUGGUUGUUUACUCCGUAUUGGAUCGUGGAAGCUGGGAACGAGCAAAACAUUUGAUUGAUACUAUCGAGCAAGUCAAGUGCAAUGCUGAAAGGAUUAAAGUUUCUAUUGAACGCAAUUUUAAAAAUAGCGUUAGACGAAAACCGGACUUGACGAUGGAAUCAACAAAGGAACCUAUUGCAUCCAUUCUAGUGGUCGGCAACAAACAUGAUAAUUCAGAGUGCAAUGUGCUUGGCAGAGAGGUAGACGUAUGGCUGAUGAAACGGCAGUUCAAGCUGCCAUGUGUCGUUAGUCACAUUGAAGCAUCAGCUAAAACUUAUUACAACGUGGAAGCAAUGUAUGAUCAACUUCUCCUUAUGGCAAAUUUGCCGCUCGAACUGAAUUUCGUGACCACACAUUCACGAAAUUUCCAUUCCCGUCGUCGUUCAAAUUCAUUAGUAGUUACUCCGUUUUGUAGCAAGGAUCGCCCUGUUCGAAAUUCGUUACUUUUGCACGGGAGAAACGGUGAAUCUUCUACACGAAACCGACAAUCAGAUUUAAAUCCUACCCAAACUGCACAAAUCCGACUCAUUCAACGACCACCGGACCUUGAAGACGAAAUAUUCUUGGCAUUCAUAAAAGCAUGCUCCAUAACAGAGAUGUUAAAAAAGCAUAAAUCACGAAGAACGCGAAAGUUAUCGUUUAGAACCGUUUCAAAGUUGCUGACGUCUAAAUGAUCAAAGGGUAGAUUAAGCAUAUGACUCUCUUCAACCUAUAUACGAUCAUCCGAUCAAUGAUUUGUUUGUGUUAUUUGAUAUAGACCACGAUGGUCUGGUGUAAUAAACGAAUUGUAUUGAAUUAACUAUAUAUUCCAUGCUACCGACAGGGCCCCAGAUAAUAAUGUGUUUAAUUCAACAGAAAUCUUGUCACAAUAUACAAUUCGUAAGUUGCAGUUUUGUACGAUACGUGAUCGAGUAAAGUUUUUGUUUUUUUCGUUGACAGAAAAAUCAUAAAUUCAGAAAUAUGCUCUACAGUCUAUAUACCAAAUUAUUGCUGUUAUUUCUUUCAACCUGACUUAAUAUGAUAUUUUUCUUCUUUAUAUUUGUUGCACAAUACAAGGUAAAGAAUGUUUAUAUAUAGAGAGUGUAUUGUAAAAAGUGCUAAUGAUAACUGAACCCAAUUAAAUAUGAGUAAUUUUGUAUGCUAUUUUG